UGACUUUAAGGUCAUUCUUACUACGUGUUUUUGUAACUGGUAAAGUAUUUAAAGUACCAUUAAAAAAUUAUCGUUUGUUUAUUUAUAAAAGGAACUUAUUAGAUUAUUUGGUAAGUAAAUAAAGUACAAUUUAAAGAAUAUAAUAUGUCAAACACAUCAAGAGGGAAAAGAUUGUCUAGAAAGCUUAAGACAGUGGGAGAUCAUAAUUUAUUCCUUAACCGUAUUACCAAGUCUCUUUAUUACUCAAAAUUACCGAUGACUGAUCGUUUAAGUCUACCAGUUACAGAAUUUGCCGCGGAAUUGUUUUCUGAAGUAAAGAGUGGAUGCAGUCUCGAGCGUCUUGACGUUGAAGAAGCUAGCAGAAUCUCUCGAAAUGCUUGUGUCUCACCCUGUUCAUUUGUAUUAGCUUUACUUUAUUUAGAGCGUUUAAAAGACUGUAAUCCUGAGUAUUUGUACAAAGCUGCACCUGCUGAACUCUUUCUUGUUUCUUUGAUGGUGGCCAGUAAAUUUUUGAAUGAUGACGGUGAAGAUGAUGAAGUUUUUAAUGUAGAAUGGGCUAAAUCCGGUGACUUAACACUUGCGCAAAUGAAUCGUUUAGAAAUGGAAUUUCUUGAUGCAAUUAAUUGGUCAAUUUAUGUCAACGACAAAGAAUUUUGGAAUCGAUUACGUAAGCUAGAAGAACUGAUGGCUUACAAAGAGGCCAAAAAACGUGGUUGGUUUUCGUACACUGAAAUAAUCUGUCUAAUGGAUACGAUACGAAUUACUGCGAUAAUAAAUACAAUUUUCAAUAUAUCGACUGUUUGUGUAGCAACAUAUGCCAUCGGAUUAAUAACUCUCUUUGGUUCUGCACUGAUAACUAGUCAUAUUCCAGGAACUUAUUUAGCACUUCGACAGUCCAGUAAACCUACUACUUUAAAUAAAUCAGAACUCAUUGUACCAGAAACAAAACUAAUUGAAGAGACUGAGCUACCUGAUGAUUUUUUAAAAUGCAAUGUUUCGUGUAAGAAUUGCAUUGUCAAAACUCCUACUUCUACAAGCCCUGAUAAAAUAGGAUGGGCGUCUACUAUUAUUAAUUGGUUUUCAAAAUAUCAUGUUUCAAAAACACAACUUAAAUUUGAAAAUGAUAAACUAAAAAACCCAGGAGCAUUUAUUACAAACAGUCAAUCUCUAUUACGUGAUCAUAUUUUAUGGGAAAAUGUUAUUGUUGAAAUAAAUUGGAAAGAUACUCUAAGGGUUUAUUUUGAGUAUCCAUAAUAAAGCUCGAUAUUAUAUUAUCUUGGUUACGUAAUGACAAUAUGCUUCGAUUACCAUCAAUAAUACUUAACCGAUUUUUACUUAUUAAUAAGAUUACUAAUAUUAUAAUUUUAAUAUCAAAUUCUGAUCGACUGACGAACAGGAGUUACAGAAAAAUUUGAUAUAACUGUUGAACGUAUUCUAAUGUAUUAUAACUGGAUAUAUUUUUCUUAUUGGGAUAAAUAAUAAUUAAGAAUAUUUAAACACUAAAAAAAAGUAAUAAGGGUGGAUUACAGAAGAAACGUAAAAAAAUAUAUGUAUUUUUUCUACUAUCCUUGGAUUUUAAUUCAGUAAUUUUUUUAAAUAAAUAAUUAUUAUUAUCAUUA